GUCCGCUUCCACGCUAGCGUUCAUAGCGCGUCGCGUUUUCGCGUGCAGAAAAACGCGCCAUGCGGUCUGCGCUUUAAGCGGCGCUGACCGUUUCGCCGAAAGAGCGGAGCAGCGCCGGCGUUCCCGAACGCGUCGACCGCCGCCUCCCUCGCUCUCGCCGUCGGCACAGUCGCUCGGCGGAGCUCAGCUGCGGCGGAAGGGAGAACGCCGCUCCCCCGCCGCCGAAGGAUACCCACGCUCUCGUUCGGCGGCGCCAGCACCGACGGCAGCGACAUGCGGACGACCGCGUGCUCCGCACGCCUCUUCCGGGAACACGGCUUCGGACCGCGGUAUCUCACGCUGUUCCUAAUCUUCCUCACGGCAACAUUCCAAGCGGGAGCGUCAGAAGCCGAGGACCUCGUGCCCAACCUCUGCAAUCUCAUCGACCAAGCGCUAUACUGCCGCUGCGACACGGACGAUAUCACUGAUGACGCGACCGAAGUGACUUGCUACGUGGUGAAAGACAUCGCCGAAGACGACAUCGUCUUCAAAGCCCUCGUGAAGCAGCCGUCCAUCGUCUCGAUCGUGUUUAGUUCGCUCAGUGAGGACCAUCACUUAAAGUUUGUUCCUUCCGGCGUCCUGCCACAUGCUGCUGUCUUGGAGCGUCUUAAGUUCUCCCAGGCGGAGUUGGGUGUUUUGAAGACACACGCCUUCUACAACCUGACGAAACUGGCUGUGCUGUCCCUCGACUCUAACGAGAUAACGGAACUGGAGACGGACUGCAUCUCGCAUCUGCCUCGCCUCAAGAAGCUGGAACUGGCGGACAACAAGCUAAAGAAGAUGCCUGCGCGAGCCCUGUCUCACCUACCGUCUCUGACGCACUUGUUUCUGGAGCGGAACAAAAUGACGGUCAUAGAGGACUUUGCCUUCACGGGCUUCGGCAAGGUUAAAGAGCUAGACCUCAGCGACAACUCUAUCGAGGCCCUCACCGAGCACAGCUUCAAGGGCCUGUCGCGGGUCCUCAGGCUCGACAUGUUUCGAAACAAGCUGAAGAGGCUGGAAGCCCGGGUCUUCGGCGGCUUGUCGUCCCUGGUGGAGCUCGAUCUCAAGUACAACGAGAUCUCCGAGGUCGAUCCGCUGGCCUUCGAGGGUCUGCCGCACCUGACCAUCGUGUACCUCUCGUUCAACCGGCUCCGCGUCCUGCCGGCGCACAUGUUCAUGGGAGCUCCCAACCUUGUGACCGUGGACCUGUCGCAGAACCAGCUGGUCACGCUGACCUGGAGGACUGUCCAGGACUUGAGGAAGAUUGACGCCGAGUCCUUCGACAUGAGCCUCACUGGCAACAAGUUCAGCUGCGACUGCCGCCUUGUGUGGAUGCUGCACCUGGAGAACGCCACCAGGAACGACAAGCUCCGGCGCGAGCUGAGGCACGUCAAGUGCGACUUCCAAGCCAGCGGCAACCUGAGCAGCAGCAAGGUGUCCCGACUCAGCGCCAGCCAGCUGGGCUGCCCCGCCAACUACGCCAGGCCAGAGUUCCGCAGCGCCGCCGCCAUCGCCCACUCCACCACCCGAAAGGCUUCGGCCCGACCGCCGCCGACAGCCGCCGGGAAAGGAGACAAGGAAGCCGCGGAGGAGUCCGGUAACAGGAUUAAUGACGGGGCCUCUCCAGAUCCCGACAUCGAUCCCGACGAGAACAAAGCCGGCAACGACGAUGAUGUGCAGCUGACGAAGAACGACAUCGAGGUUGUAUUGAAUCAGCGAAAGGGCGCGGAUGUGCUGGCGUCAUCGUCCAGGGGACAGCAGCAGCACAGGGGCAACGGGGCUGCUUCCGGACGACGGACGGACGCAGGGUGGUGCCUGGUCGGCCUCUUCUGGUCCUGUAUGGCGGCGGCCGCCAUGUCGACGUGUAGCUGAUCGCGCAGUGCGACGACUGCGAACGAGGACAGGGUGGUACUGGUCGGUUCUUGUGGUCGGUCCUGGUGCGAAGGACAAUGCCGCGAGGACUGGCCGUCGGUCUGUGAUCAUGAACCGCUGUGGCGUGUCGCUCGGUUGUGUACUUUAUGUUUUU